AUGACCUCCCGGCCCCCACUGGGCGUCCAGCAGCGACAGCCCCAGCAGCAUUCGCUGGCCGGGCCAGGUUUGUCGCAACGGCCGGCAGCGCAUCAGCGCGCCCUCUCACAGCAGCAGCAGUUCCUGCCGCCGUCACCCAUACGAAAAGAGACAGGUUCGUUCGAAUUCACUCCGCCAGAUUAUAACGAUGGCGCAAACACGAGGUAUCCGGGCCAGCGCCGCGGCGGUUCGCGCCUCAAGCUCGAGCUGUCGCACGAGUCCCUCGAGUCCAUUACCCAUACCGGCAUCAUCGAGUCGCCCAACGCCAUCGACACCUCGAAACCCUUCACUCCCUCUCGCAUGAUGCUCCCUACCGACUCCUCCGACCUGGGCGACAUGAGCCCACACUUUUCCCAUCUCCCGACCGUCGAUCUGGACGCCCCUUUGCCCAUGCCCCAGCGCCGGUUACGAAUCACGCUUCCCCGUCGCGACCCCCCACCGAUACCUUCUACCACGACAAGAAAAGACGUGCCGCCGAAGCCAUACCAAGUCGAGGUACCAUCUGCUGCUCCGCGCUACUAUACACAUGGCAAAGUCGAAGCCCGGCCACGAAAAGGCGGCACCGCUUCUACAGCGGGACAUCUGGCUCCUCCUCCGUCGAUUGGCUAUGCAGACUUCUAUCCCUGGAUGGGAAAUCAUCCAGAGGAUCAGUUUUCCGAAAAUGUUAUUCGACAGGGCCACUUUGACAAGCCAGCGUUCAACCCCGAUACGCAGUUGGGCAAGUACGCCAUAUUCCCGUCGAUGAAAGGGGCAAACAGUUCGCUCCAUACACUCUCCGCCAUAUUUACCGCCGCUCUGGGAGCAAGAAGAAACAACGGCCAGAUCGCGUCUCAUUCGACCUUUAGGUACCCGCCUCGAGUGACGGUUACCGACACAAAGAGGGAAUUAUGGCUGAAGGAUCUUGCCAAUCCUGCUUCCUCCCUUCGAAGGCUUGCUCGAACCAUCCCCCAUGGCCUCCGAAACCAGGCCUUGCUCGAACAGUGCUUGAACAAGAGGAUUCCGUUUGAGCGCGCGGUGUGGUUGAUACAAUGUGUCGGUGCGAACGAGCUACGGACCUGCAAGCGGAAGGGCGUUAGUCUCGCCCAAUCUUUCGCUGCUGAAGUCCGUUGGAUUAAGGACUGGACGGUCUCCGUGCAGAAGUUCGUUGAAAAUGUGCUCUUCUCCUUUGACGACAAGGACUGGAAAGCCAGGGUCCAGUACGUGGUUCUUCUGGCUACACACCUAUACGAGCAAUAUUUGCUUGAUCGGGAGACGUACAUGGAGUGGCUUGUCUCCAGUUUCGAAAACAGCAAUCAGAAUCGGCUUCCCAUGUGGAUGCUCAUCACCGAGAUAUAUUGGAAAGAUUUACUCAAGCUCAGGAGAUAUGGACGGAGACUGGUCACCGCUCUUAUUAGUCAUCAUCAGCUGGUCUUCAACCAUCCGGACAGAGACAUAUUACAACCGCUGCUUUCAAAAACAACAACACUGCUCAAUACACUGAUACUAAGCAGUCCGGAAAACUUCGUAUCGCCUUCUGUUUGGUCAAAAUAUCGAGACACGAUCAAAGCAUGCUUGCCAGUUGGUGAUACAGAACGGCAUGACGCCUUCGCAGCUAUUGGGUCUCGAAACGAGCAGCUCAUGGCAUCUGGAAACAGAUCACAGCCGGCCGCCCGCCACAUAUUAGUGCAGUGGUUGGACAGGAACACUCAGGCACCCAUGUCGGAAGAAGGGCCUGCGAAUUCUUGGAACAUUUCCAAGGACAAAUCUGCGCUGGCAAGGGCCCUGCUGGAGUGGUGCACUUCGCUUUACCGCCCAGGAAAAACGAAAGUCUACAUCGCCGGUCAGCUGUUGCAACACUGGAGCAUGUUGGGCUUGGACGUCACCACCGAAAUCUUGGAUUUUUUAGAUGCCGACCCUUGUGCGCAAAAGGAGCGCAAAGACCACCUCUAUCAUCUUGUCUGCGAGCUUGUUCGCUCCAACGACUUCUCUGUGCCGCGUUACAUCCAAUGGCUCAGCGCAAGGGGAGGUAUAACUAAUCCUGAGGAUAUUCUGCCUGAUGGACCGGCAUCCACGCGGCUUCUUGCAGAGAUUCCUCCUUUCGGCCUGUCGAGCGAGCAGAGGAAUCUUAGAAGUGGAAUGCUUCGACGUGCCUCGUUCAGCGUGGACGAUGAAGCACGAGACGCAGAAAUGGCUCUAAAGUUAGUGAGGCAGUCCCUAGGCCUCCCCCUGGAUCCAGCAGACCCCAUCCGGCAGCGAAAACCACGGAGUAUCAAUAAAAUCAGCCAGCAAAUACAAACCGCAAGUCGAGCACUCAAGGCAGAAAUCGGUCGCUGGCUCCGGGAUAGUGUGGCUUCCACAUAUGGUGGGAAGGACAAGACAGGGAGCAGUGGCCCUGGAGCAUCGCCGACGUUAUUUGGCAGCAUUCGACAAAUCCUCGAAGCUGCUGAGGAUUUGUCCAUGCUUGCAGACGUUCUGAGAUCGCUCAUCUCCAACGCUUGCGUAGAGGUACUGACCGCCAUAGCGAACACGGUCAACCGACACUUCUUCAUCUUCUCGGCUUUGGGUGUCUCCAAAGGACUUUUCAACGACUUGAGCAAAAAGCUCAGGGCUGUCUAUCUGGAGCAGGGACCUGGAGCCCGACCACUGUUGGUCUCACUCGUCUCCCUAGCCCCGAGAAUACCUGGGAUGGACGAGCUGGCCACACAACUCAGGAAAGAUUUGGCACUUAGCAGUCGUCAAAAUCCCGUGGACGCCUGUUCGCCUGUUUCGGACAAUAUGAUUGCUCGGCUGCAGGAUGAUAGCAACGACUUGCACGAGGAGAUCGAGAAGCUGCUGGCUGCCGGCACAAGCGUGGACAGGAAAACUAUGGAGAACCUGUUCCAGACCAUCAUCCAGAGGCUACAUCAAAGCUGGGGAGAGUCAGCCGCCAAGCAACGGGUAUGCAGUGUCCUCCUUGCUCGGUUGCGUGUUUUUGACAUGCCGCUCUUUGAUGCCCUUAUGGCAAAGUGGAUUGCCUACCUGCGGACUCUGACCAAUCGGCCCUCUAUCGAUCGCAUCUUUCCUCUCCUGGUCUCGAACGGAUGCCUAACGAUGCCGACGAUACUCGCGUCAACAUCAGACUCGUCUACACCGACACCAAUCACCCGCGUCCCAACAGGCGGAGCCAGCUGGCCCCAGAUUGUCCAGAUCACCUACCGAACAAGGUACAUGCAGGAGACGCUGAAACUGCUGAUGAACCCGCUGCGGCCUGAUUAUGACCUGAUCACGCCCGAGGAGAUCUACCGCUUCACCAACCUCCAAGAGCAGGUUCUGAGGGAGAACCCCAAAGAUAUGCUUGCUCUCAUUGGCUCAGCCAUGGCCGAGUACUCCUUCGCGCGAGCUCAAAACGAUACUCGGGGCCUUCCGCUCGAUGACCCCAUCAUACAGGAACGUCUCUCGACACUGAUCAAGCUCUUGGUGUUGAAAGACGCUGCUGGUGUUGGUCGUGCGUUGGCCGCCUGGGCAGCCAGAAGCCCAGAUGGUUAUGUUGGCAGUUGGAUCGACAAUAUGACGACUAAACUCCUCCUUCCGUCGGCUGAUAGACACACCCACAUCACCUUUGACCAAAUCCUGGAGCUCACCAACGAGUUCACUUGGCCCUUUUGUCACCUCCAGCUCUUCCUCCAAACCUCGACGCCUCCAACUGACCAGAGCAAUAACCAACAAGCACCUGCAGCCGAUAGGCAGCCGUCUACACUCGACUCCUUGACCAGCGCCAUGGACAGGGCAAUCGACAAGAAGAAUCUGACCUGGGUGGGGAUUGUGCUUUCGCUAAACGUGGAAGUGGUCCAGCAGCUCAAGGGCAGAGCCCAAAGCCGCUUCCUCGGGCUGAUCCCAUCUCCCCGGGAACCCCUUCCGGUCAACACAGCCGGCCCCGUACCGGAACAGUCGCUCCAAAUGGCCGAGAACUUGCUAUCUCUAUCCCCUACAACUAGCAGUGUUAGUAAGAGCGCUCCA